UAACGUAUUUAUUAUUUUAUUAUUAUUUAAUGUAUUUAUAUGCAUGUAUGUUUAACUAUGGGUGUAUUGAGGCGCUUAUAUUAAACAGAUAUGAAGAGGGGCGUCGUGUCGUCAGGCAGUGUGCUUAAAUCAGUGUUUCUUAAACUGUGUGCAGUCAGAGAUCAUCAGCUGUGCCGUGAAAAGUCAUUUAACUGAUUGCACUGCUCCGAGGGAAAGCUGCGCUCUGUGCCUUUUGUCCUACGAGGCUACUGUAAUGCAACAGAGGGGAUUGUGUUAAGAUGCUGUUAAACGUUGUUCAGCAGUACAAAAAUAUCUGUUCGUUACGUUUGAUUGCCGGAUCAUAAAUGGCUGCCAGAAGGCGAAGGAAAGCUCCUGUAAAGGAUGCCAUUGAACAUGCUGUCAAGGGACUGGACAAGACAACACAGCUUGAGGUUAAAUACAUAAACUCUUUUAAAGGCCGAGGAGUGUUUUCCAGGACCAUUUUCCAAAAAGGUGACUUUGUAGCAGAGUAUAGAGGAGAGUUAAUAAAUGGAGAAGAGGCAGAAAAGAGGAGAAAACAUAAUCGUGCAUGUGCUGUCUUCAUGUACGAUUUCCCCUGGAGGGAAAGGACUUGGUGUAUUGAUGCAGCUCAAGAAGAUGGCAGCUAUGGGAGACUAAUUAAUGAUGACUACUGCCAUCCAAACUGUAAGAUGAAAAAGGUUGUGAUACAGGACAAGCCACACCUUUUUCUGUUUGCACUGCAAGACAUUAAUCCUGGAGAGGAAGUAACAUAUGACUAUGGAGGAAGUGACUGGCCUUGGAGAAAACAGCAGCCCUCUGCUCCAGUUGCUGACCAGCAACAAGUCCAAUAUACCCCUGACCAUCUUGAAAAGACCUCAGCUCCAGCUGCCAUCCAGCAACAACGUCUGUGUACCCCUGACCAUCUUGAAAAGACCUCAGCUCCAGCUGCCAUCCAGCAACGUCUGUGUACCCCUGACCAUCUUGAAAAGACCUCAGCUCCAGCUGCUAUCCAGCAACAACGUCUGUGUACCCCUGACCAUCUUGAAAAGGGACUAAUGGCUGGAUCCCUGCAACAAGCCAAGAAGCCUAGCGGGGAUGAUGAUGAUUGUAGGACACAUCAUGUUAUCAAAGAGGAGAUGGACUCAUUUGAUAAAUGUUCAGUUUGCCAUGGACCAUACUCCUCGCUGAAGUGGUGGGGGCUAAGAUGUAAAGAUUGCACCACUGUAUGGCAUGUAUACUGCUUUCAAACUAAACAAAAACAACACAAGUCUUGGACCUCAGCUCCAGCUGCCAUCCAGCAACAACGUCUGUGUACCCCUGACCAUCUUGAAAAGAAUGAAUCCAAAAUCAGUGAAGAGGAGGAUUCAGAUGAUGAAAAUGAUGAUCCAGAGUAUGUUCCAGCCUCAGAACCUGACACAGAAGACGAUGAACCGAUGGCACACCUGGCAAACUCAAAAUCUGUGGUUGCUGAGGAAUUACUAAUGGAUAACCUUAUGGACACUAAUGACAGUAACAUCAAUGCUAUUGAAAAAGGAGCAGACAAAACUUCUGACAGAGUCCCAUCAACCACUGUAGCAGGAGGAGGCCAUAAUUUCUGUUUUUUUUGCAAAAAGGCUUGCUUCAAAAUAGCCCGGCACUUUAAAACACAUGAGAAUGAAGAUGCUGACAUAGCAGAAGCACUUAGUCUCCCUGCAGGCUCAAAAAUGAGGAAGGAGUUGCUAGAGAAACUUCGUAAUAGGGGCAACUUUAUGCAUAACAGUCAAGUUCUGAAAAGAGGAAGCGGUUCACUUAAAGGAAAGCGAAGAGGCAAGGGUCGAAAUAAAAACUAUGAAUACUGCAUCCAUUGUAAAGGAAUGUUUUUGCGAACAGAACUUUGGAGACAUAUAAGAAGGUGCUCCUCAAAGCCAACGGACCUUGAACACCAAGGCAGAAAAAGAGUGCUUGGCCUAGCAUCUGUGAUGAAGUCUGCAUGUUCGAGCAUGGUUGGUGAUGGGGUGCUAAAAAUGUUAAGUCGUAUGCAUGAUGAUACGAUUGCAAGUGUAGUUCGCAAUGACUUUUCCCUUCUACGGUUUGCUGAAUCCCUUUACAGCAAACACGGACAUGACUCUGCAAAGCAUGACUAUAUCCGCCAAAAAGUCCGUCAGCUCGGAAGAUUCCUUUUGACUAUUCGCAAAAUGUCUCCAGUCCAAACCUUAGAGGAUGCUAUAAAACCCAGAAAUUUCUUGCAUGUGAUAAAGGCAGUGAAAGAGACAGCUGGAUUUGAUGAGAAUCAACACUGUUACAAAACUCCAAGCCUUGCAUUAAAAAUUGGACAUUCCUUGUUAAAGGUGAGUGACAUCAUUCAUUGUCAUGCUCUCAUGUCUGGAGAUGAGGAGCUCAUCAAAACCUCUGAGGCAUUCAAGAAGCUUUACCAGGCAAAGUGGUCAGAGUAUAUAUCACACAGUGCUUUGAGCACAAUUGAUGAUCUAAAAUACAACAAACCACGCAGACUACCGCUCACCGAGGACAUCACAAAACUUCACAAGCAUCUUGAUCAAAAUGCAGAGUCAGCAACCUCAGCUCUAAAGGAGCAGGCAACAGCACAGAACUAUUCUAAUCUUGCAAAAACAACACUGACUAAAAUAGUCCUAUUCAACAGAAGACGUGUUGGGGAGGUCUCGAAAAUGAAACUGAGAAAUUUCCUGGAACGAGCUUGCUCAGACACCCAUGAAGAAAUGGGACUGUCAGAAUAUGAACAGAAGCUGUGCCGCUAUUUUGAACGAGUUGAACUGAAGGGAAAAAGGGGGAGAAAAGUAGCGGUGUUACUAACACCUGAAAUGGUGAAUGCACUCAGUCUGAUGAUUGAGAAGAGAAAGGAAUGUGGUGUGCCAGAUGAAAAUGAUUACUUGUUUGCAGUGCCAAAAUGCCUGACUUACUAUAGAGGACAUCAAAGCCUCAGAAGGUUUGCAGACGAGUGUGGUGCAAAGAAGCCUGAUUAUUUGCGAUCUACUCAGCUGCGCAAAGAAAUGGCAACCACUUCGCAAAUUCUGAACUUAAGAGACAAUGAACUGGAUCAGCUUGCUGAUUUCUUGGGACACGAUAUAUCGGUGCAUAGACACUUCUACAGGCUGUCUGAGCCCACCAUUCAAAGUGCAAAAAUUUCAAAGUUGCUUCUUGCUCUGGAAAGGGGAAAGCUGCAUGAACUGCAAGGAAAAUCUCUUAAUGAAAUUGGAGAUUUCACACAUGAUGAGGAUGAGAGUGAGGAUGAGAGUGAGGAUGAGAGUGAAGACGAGGAAAACCCAGCUGCAGACAGAGCACUGGAUAAAGAUACUCCUGAUGAAGGCAAUGAUGACAUUAUGGACACACGUAAAAGGAGGUCUUCCACCAAGGCUGACAGACAUAUCUCUGGACACAAUGUGGCUCACAGAGGUAAAACCAUGUAUGCUAGAAGACCAUGGACCAAAGCUGAGGUCACAGCUGUGAUGAGGCACUUCAAAUCUCAUGUCAUGAAAGGUUAUAUGGCAUCUAAAAACGAAUGUGAGGUGUGCAAAAGUAGUGAACCAGCUUUAAAAGACAGGACAUGCCAAAAUAUUAGAGAUUUUGUUCGUAACAGAGGCCUUAUGUUUAAGCGUCAGUUGAAUUAAUAUAUAUAAUUAAUUCAUGAGUGCAUCAACAAUUCUAGUAGCUAUGUCAGUCGUUCAUAGUACAGUAUGCACUUAAAAAUGUUUCUUUUUCACCUUUAUAACAAACAUCAACUUGUUCAUGUUGUUGUUUCAUGUUGCUCAGCUUUGUUCAGCAGACAAUGAACCUAUACUGCUCUGUUCAGUUAUACUGUUAUUCACAAAAUAAAGAGUCUUCAGAAAACUUAAACCUUUUCAUUUAUUUUAGUCUAUUUUAUAAAAUUUUUUAAGUUUUUUGGCAGUGGCUGGAGAAUGUACUGUAUAUGUGAAAGUCAUCCAAUCAAUUCAGUUUCACCUCCAUCUGUUUUACCUUUUGUGUUGUAGGACAAAGGGGGGAAGGAGGUAAAGGAGAAAUUGAGGGAAAAUAGAAACGGCUGAUAAGAAAGCUAGCUGGUGCUAAGGGAUAGAAGCGACAACUAGAACCAUUUGACUACGCUGGAGGAAAGUCUAAAUCCACCUGUUGUGGCAGCCAAGCUCUCUGCAAGGGUACAGUGUUGUCCAAGUAUGAUCGAUAUUGCAAUUGAGGUACAUGAAACUAAACAAAUCAGAUGUAGUGGUAUAGUAGCCAAUGCACAGUGGACUCGCUCAUCUCGGCCUUCUUCUACUACCACUAUUACCACUUCUUCAUUUGGAUUUCCAGCAGACUUAAUGCCUGGAGGCACAAAGUGGCCUCUCAGAGAGGCAUUUCACAUCAGGCUGAACUGUUGGUAUACUGGGAGUAAAUGCAAAAGCAACUAAUCUGCAUAAUGUUUCAGAAUACACUGCACAAGCCAAAUACAGGCAGAUAAAAUUA